AUGAAAAUCCAUGGUCAAGAGCCGUGCCAGUCUGAAGCAUCCAGUAUUUCUGCUGCAUCUGAACAAGCCCAUGUCAUAAAGUAUUCAGAUGAUGAUCAGAAGAAGAACCCAAAAAUGAAGGAAAAGGUUGAAGAAGGAUAUGAUUCAAAGCCUGAGUUGGAUCUCAAGCUUGCUGCCAAUGAUGAGUUGACCAAUAAUGACAAUAACGAUGUAGCAGCAGCCUCCAAUUUUGAACUCAACCUGUUUAACUCAUUAAACUCAGGUUCUUCUCCGGCGAGCAAGUCAUCAGACGAUGGCUCAAAACGUCGUACUGAGACGAAAACAUUCACUUGCAGCUUUUGCAAGAGGGAGUUUUCGACUUCUCAGGCACUGGGUGGCCACCAGAAUGCCCAUAAACAGGAGCGUGCACUGGCCAAACGCUGCCAUGGGGUGGCGGAAGCGGCGGCUGCAACGCCUUUUGGCCACCAUCCGGCCUAUUCAUGCUAUCCCUACUCCAUCUUCCCACAAGUCCCUUUUUAUGGUAGUUUUAACAGAUCGUCACUUGGGGUCCGACCAGAAUCCAUGAUCCAUAAGCAGUCUUAUAAUCCGUAUGACAUUCGUUUUGGCCGCGAGAAAAUUUCCAGGGCAUUUUUCAUGAACCCUGAUUUGCAGGGUUUAUCAUAUAAUCAAAUCAAUGGUGGAUUUGGCCUUGAAAAGUUUGAAAAAAGGGGUUCAAUUCUUGAUUUAGGGCAUAACCAUAUUGAUCUUGAUCAUCAUAAUUCAUCAACAAGCAAGAGGAAUGAAGGCAAUAGUCAACGGCUGAGAUUGGGUAGUCUGAAUCAACCCGAUGAUGAAUCAGGCCUUGAUUUAAAUCUUAAGCUUUAA